UACAUCUCAGAGAUCUUUGGUGGCAUUGUGCCGAGCAUCAAGAACAGCUUGGCUUGGCAGAGAGAGCUGCAGGCAGCACAGCGGCACGUUCUGGCUGCGGAAGGCGAGCGUGCCCUGUCCUGCGUGUUCUCUCACCUGAACUAUGCACCCCAGAGGUACGAGUCGGAAGCAGAGCCACACCGGCUGUUUGUCGCCUUGUUACCUGCCAUAGCUCUCCUUCUGGCCUACAAGGCUUCAGAUGUCCGACAAGAAAGCAAAGUGCGGGCGCAGGCUGCCCGCCUCCUGGAGUCCCUAGGACCGCGCAUGGCCAUUGCUGCUGGUUUGGCAGCCGACUGGGGCUCUGAGGUCCGCACGCUCAUAGGUACCUUUGACAAAGAGCGGCAUGACCCAGCGAAGACCUGGGAUGAGAUUCGUCGGUUCCAGUCGC